AUGGGAAGAACCGAUCAUAGUCGCAUCCCUCUCUCCAUAGAUCCUAUCCCUGAGGCGGAAGAGACUCACAUUCUCAACUUACAAACGCAAGAUGGCAACUUUUCUUUCCCGGACAGUUUUCUUUCAUCCUCUAAUUCCCAACGAGAUGGCCGUGAGCCAAGGUCACCUGGUGACGCCAUGGACCUUUCGACUCUCACCGGCGCUGCACAUAACCAGAGUACUACCCCGUCUCAACCUGACAAGUCGAGUUGCUAUGGGAGAGACCCGUUCGGUAUUUCAGUGGAGAAAGUCAUCAACCAGAUAUCCUUCGCACGUGUCCCCGUCGGUUCUAAAAGCAGUUCACCCGCCACGCCUCGUUCCAACAAAGGCCUUCUGGGUACACCAAAGCCUGGACAUACAUCACCACGAACAGCAGACCGCCGAGCCGCACCACUGUCACCCGAGUCAGAUCUAGACAUAAUUUCGCCCGUACAGUCGCCGUUCUCGUCUCGAGACAGAAGACAUACAGCAACUCUGAAGCGCAAAACAUCAAUGGCGUGGGACGAUCCGCCAAAGUCUUCAAAGCCAUGGCCUCUCAUAGACGCCGAGGAGAUGGGAGACCUGGGUCGCGCGACUCAACAAAAAGGCGAGAGUCGGCAACAGAUUAGACCACUUCAAUCGACUUCUGGUCAAAGUUCAACGAGAUGUGAUGAGAAUUCUCUUGAAGAGCCUGAUCCAAUGGACGACGAGGAUGCCUUGUAUAAGAGAUUCAGUCGUCCUCCAACUUACUGCGACUCACGAAAGGAUGUGCAUAGGAAGAAGCAUAAUUGGUUCUCAAUAUCCAUCUUGGCUCUAUCAUUCUAUUCCACAGGACUGAGCUGCCUCUGGUUCGUCGUGGCUGUCUUGCAGCCGCGUUGGGGCCCUCAAAUCUCAUCAAGCGGCGGCAUCCUUCCGUCAACAGCGUCUUUGGUAUGCGCAAUGUUCGCAAAGACCAUUGAAAUCUCUUUCGUGACGGUUUUUGUUACCUUUAUCGGUCAGGUAUUGACGCGUCGCGCUUUCGUAAGAAGGUCCGAGGGUAUGACCCUCGCUGAGAUGACAAUGAGAAACUGGGUCAUUCAACCUGGAUUUCUCAUUACGCACUGGGAGACGCUGCCGUAUGCCGGCAUGACCCUUCUCGGAGUAGUGUCCCUCGUUGCCACCAUUGCUUCAACUUUCUAUACGACCGCAUCAGACGCCAUGAUCACCCCCAAGCUCAAGUUUGGCAACUGGGAGACCAAGACGUUGAGCGGCUAUGUUCUGGCGUCCUACAUGAACCCACCUUUUGCGCGUGAAAGCUGUCCGACGCCAUUGCGAGAUAGUGACCCAUUGGGUGUUGACACUGCUGGAAACGCUUGCCUGGAAGUGCAGUAUGCUGGUCAAUCGUAUCGCAACUUGGUCUCAUUCUUGGGUGACUGGGACGCCAUCAAUCAUAAUGGUACAAGUGCCACCGUUGAUGUUGUACACCGUCCAGUGGGAACGGCGCUGUUGUAUGAUAACACAACGCUGACCUCUGCCUGGAUCGAUGCAAAAUACAGCAACACGACUGAGAAUUACGGGCGAUUCGGCAGGAUAAUCAACAACGUGACCCUCGCAAUGCCUCACCCCAGCGUCUAUGAUGCAGCCACGAAUCCCGUCAACAAGAUUCUCCAGCCGAAUGAUUUGUCGGGUGUCGGCGAGUACGGCAUCAGAGCCAGCGUGGUCUCGCCCGCGCUGAACGUUAUGUGUGUCAACAUGUCUCCCGAGGAACUGGCGCCACUGGUUUAUACGGAAUGGCCUCUAGGCAGGAUCUCCUCCACCGACACGCCAAUCCCAGGACAGAAAAUCGGACCCCAGGACUGGGAGCGAUACGUUCCUGGCGUAUCGGAAACGGAGUGGCUGAAUCGAACGUCGGUGGAUGGAGUUUUCCGCUGGGGUAAGGACUAUGGGCGGCGACCGCCAGUGUUCCAGCUUGUAAGUGACCCCGAUGGGCGUAUCUACGAGGCAAGGACUAAUAGCUAUCCAAAGUAUCCUUCGGACUUCAACAUUAUAACCAACACAUCGGCAGUGAGUGACGCUAUUUACAUCCUCACUAAAUCGGUAUUCAUAGCGAAUUAUACCCUUUGUGAAAUGAGAUCAUGGGUGUCACCCAGUUGCUCAACCCACUUCAACAUCUCUGGCACUGCAGGAGCGCAUAUGCAGGCACACUGCGACGACAGCGGCGAUACGGACAGCUACACCAAUGUCCACACCGAAGUCACCGAAUCCACCCCCGUGACGGACUGGAAGAACAUUGCGGAUCAGUGGCGUCUGUCGAUGGACCUCAACGGCGGAGCUCAAAACAACAACGCCUCCAACGCCCGUAUCCUCUCCCAGUUCGUUCUCCAAGAGCCACAGCUCAACCCUCUCCUCCCCUCGAUGGCCGAAGCCCUCGCCGUCUACGCCUCGUCAACCCUCAUCAUCGGCAGCCUCAACACCCCCUUUGAACACUACUGGCGCCAUGAAAAGAUACAGCUCGGCGCACCGGGGAGUCUGGAUCCCUUCAACGCAUCGAUCCGCACGCAGGAGUACACCUCGGGCCACAGCGCCGAGUGGCAAAAAUGCUUCUACCUCGUCCUCGCCCUCGUCUUCGUCAUCAACGUCAUCUGCCUCGCCUACCUCCUCUCCUGCUCCGGCCUGGUGACGGAUUUUACGGAGCCGCAGAACCUGUUCGCGCUGGCGGUCAACUCGCCGCCCAGCGAACAGCUCAAAGGUAGUUGCGGUGGCGGACCUGCAAAGAGGGACCUGGUGGUGCCGUGGCGAGUUGCUUACACGAGCGGGUCGAACCACUACUUCUUCGAGGAAGCUAGCGAUAGGCCGUGGCGCGGCAAGUAUUCCAAGCAGGAUAUGACGGCUGAUGCGGCGUACCAUGGGCGGGAGCGGAGCAGUUACAGGAGGCUGAGCACGAGGAAUACAUGGUUGUAA